AUGUAUGUACGGGAUUCGCUCAUAGAAUUACUCUACCAUUCUCUCACAUCUGCUUCAAUAUUAACUUUAAAUCCUCCCAAGAGGAUUUCAACAUCCAGUUUGGUAAAUGCUCAAAUAUGGUCGCCUCAUGACAGUGUCACAACCACCGGCGGACGUCACAAUGUUAGCUGUAUCUCAUAUGAGGUGCAAUUUAUCUGUGAUUGUGCCAUGGUGGAUGAGGAUCUGGUGCUACCCCAUUUAAUUGGCUCGGCAUAUCAAUUGGAGAUUCGUAAUUGCAAAUCGCUGACCAUUGAAUCGAAUGCCUUACAGGAUACCCAGCACUUGCAUAAAAUCACAUUUAAAAAUGUGGAAAAUUUAAUACUUAGCCAAUAUGCAUUGUCAUUGCCGGACUAUAGCAGCAGCACGCCAUUAAUAUUGUCCUUUGAAAAGGUCAAAGUCAAAUUAAUCGAUUCCCUUGCCAUUAAUGGACAAAUUGAAGAAAUCACAAUUGUCGAUAGCUAUAUAGAGUCUAUAAGACCCUUUGCGUUUAAUAUUUUAAAAAAUAAUGCCCUACGCCUAACCAUGGAUAGGGUGACAAUCAACAGAAUUGAGCCACAGGCUUUUAAAAAACUAGUUGUAGAAAAAAUCGAUAUACAAAAUUGUGAAUUUCUGCAGAAUGUGCCAUCAAAAACAUUCUACGACAUAGAAGUUAGCGAUUCGUUAUAUUUAUCCAAAUGUAGAUUUAAAAAAGUCCACACAAAAGCUUUUUCAUUUAAAAUGAUCUCAAAGCUAACCAUAGCAAAUAAUUAUUUUGAAGCAAUUGAUGGUGAAUGGCUGGAAGCCUAUGUUAAGAAAAGUCCACAAAUACGAGAUAAUCAAUUUGGCAACACGAGUGUAAUAGCUUUUGCAGGUAUAAAAGUACAUCGCGAUUAUGGCAGCAGUGAAAAAUUAGAGUUGCGUUUUAGCAACAAUACCAUUUAUUUCCCCUACGACAAUGUCCGACCAUUAGAAUUUAGUCGUGAUUUUACCCUCAAUCUAAAACAACUGACCGUUAAUAAUCCAUAUCCGUGUUCCUCUGUCGAUGAUAAUACCCAGCCACUGAGACCAACAUCCGAAUUCUAUAAUCUACAUCAACACAAUGUAUAUUUUCGACAGGAUGGCAAUGCUGCAGCCCAUGAUAACCGGGGAGUUUCAGGCUAUAAACCAUUAAAUGAAAUUAUAGCCAGCGAUUGUGUCAAACACUCCUAUGUUCUUUAUAUAAUUAUUGGUGUGGUUGUAUUUGUAGUGCUAAUUGCCUUAAUUAUUGUUAUUGCUUGUUGGCUGGCGGCAAAGAAACGCAAGGCAAAACGAAAAAUGGAUAUCAUACAACCGGAACCAAGGACAUAUAAGGAAACACAAAUUGUCUAUCAAAUUGAAAAUGCUGGACUUCUUAAGACUGACUUUUAAAAAGAGAAAAAAAAUGGGAC